GUUGAAGUGCGUAUUUAGUUACUAACAUGAUCAUUAACAUAGCUCUGUUCAUGUUUGAGAGAGCAGAGAAACAAAAAAAAAUGUGGAGUGUGCAUUGUAAUGAACAUCAGGCCUUGCAACAAUACUUAAAUGUCCACACAAUUGAACAGUAGGUUCUCACUGUCACCAGCUUAUAGGAGCUCAACUAUGUCACUAGCAAUUGCAAUGGAGGCAGAGGCGGUUUGACUGAAGAUGCAGCCCGGAGAGGUGUGUGUGAAGACAGAGCCUGGAGAGGUGUGUGUGAAGACGGAGCCCGUAGAGGUGUGUGUGAACAUGGAGCCCGGAGAGGUGUGUGUGAAGACAGAGCCAGGAGAGGUGUGUGUGAAGACAGAGCCUGGAGAGGUGUGUGUGAAGACAGAGCCUGGAGAGGUUUGUGUGAAGACAGAGCCUGGAGAAGUGUGUGUGAAGACGGAGCCCGGAGAGGUGUGUGUGAUGACGGAGCCUAGAGAGGUGUGUUUGAAGACGGAGCCCGGAGAGGUGUGUGUGAAGAUGGAUCCUGGAGAGGCGUGUUUGGCGGAGGAGCGGGAGCGCGAGGACAGCGCGCGCGGAGUGAGCGCGGCGGCCGCGCGGGCCGGGCUGUACACCGGCCACGAGGUUAAGGAGCUCGUGCUGGGCCCCGAGGAGUGGCAACAUUCUCAAAUGCUCCCAUUACCAGUGUGUUCAGACGGCAGCGCCGCCCGCGCCCGGGAACACAAGAAAAGCGAACAUGAUGCUAAAAAUUUCCUCUGCGCUGAAUGUGAGUACACUACGUGCUCUAUCAAAAGUUUGGAGACUCAUCUGAAGAGCCAUUACAAGAACAAACGCAAAGGAAACUUACGAGUUCACCAAAAAGCUAAAGGUAAACCGCACACUUGUAGUUAUUGUGACUACAAGACCAUUCAUAAAUCAAACUUACGAAAACACCUGAUGACACACACUGGAGCGAAGCCAUUUAAAUGUAGCAAUUGCGAGUACAGGUGCAGGGCGAUAUCAAACUUAAGAGUUCAUCAAAGGAUACACACUAAAGAGAAACCAUACACAUGUAGUCAUUGCGACUACAAGAGCAGUCAUAGUUCAAGGUUACGAGAACACGAACGGACACAUACUGGCGAGAAGCCUUACAAAUGUAGCCACUGCGAUUAUAAUGCCAAUAAAAAAUCAAACUUGAAAAUACACCUGAGGAUACACACCGGAGACAAUUUUAAAUGUAGCCACUGUGAUUACAAGACCAAUAUAAAAUCACACUUGAAAAGACACAUGGGGAAACACACUGGAGACAAGCCUUUCAAAUGCAGCCACUGUGAUUACAAGAGCAAUGAAAAAUCAUCCUUGAAAAGACACCUGGGGAUACACACUAGAGAAAAACCUUACAACUGUAGUCAUUGUGAUCUCAAGUUCAGUCAUAAAUUCAACCUGCGACGUCACCAGAAGAAGUAUAAACAUACUGAGUCGACGCCUAACCAGUAGCGACAGCGAGUGCUAGUGCGGCCUGGAGCACCUGUGGAGGCGCCGGGCGCUCGCGGAGGUGUCAUGAAGGGUACGGUCGUGGCGGAGGGCUAUCUCGGUGUCGCCUGUUGACCUGAAUCGGAAACAUGCAGAUUAUUCUUGACUUUCCAGUUACUUGAACAAGCAGGGACUUCUGUGCUGCCCCCUACAGCUAACGCGCGCUCCCUUGUACUAAUGCAAUCAUAGUAAUUAAGCUUACUGGCUACAUGAUGUUGUAUAAAGAAAAUAUACUGAGAAAUGAGAUGUGCAGGCGCAGUUUAUGGACGGGUCAGAUAACUGAUGUAUUUUCUGAAAUAAAAAUUAUCAUUCAAUUUUUUUUUUUCAAAUCAGUGUUUGUGUAAAAAGCUAUCCCGUCUUUACCUACACCCCCUAGUCCACUCCUCGAUAACGUCAAAGCAAAUAAGAAUAUCUACCGCUUUUGAUUUUAUUCAUUUUCCCAUUUACCAGCGAAGGUCGAGUUCCGCGUAGGGCCGAAGGCUCGGAGCGUCCCUGAGAGGCUCCCAAGCAAGCGAGGCCGCAGUCCGAGCUGCGGACAGACAGUGCUCCCGCGAAGAACAAUGAGGCGC